GCACUUGCUGGAAAAUCCGCAAUUUUCCGGUGGGUUGACUUUUGAGGUUUGAAAUCUUUCCAUUCCCAUCUAUCACGACUAACCUCAACAGCACAACAAGUCACGCCCAAAUAGACCGUCAAAAUGGGUCGCGUGAUUCGUAACCAGAGAAAGGGUCAAGGAGGUAUCUUCUCCUCCAACAGCCACUUGCGCAAGGCCCCUGCCAAGUUCCGAUCCCUCGAUUUCGCCGAGCGUCAUGGUUACGUCCGCGGUAUCGUGAAGGACAUCGUCCACGACGCCGGUCGCGGUGCUCCCCUCGCCAAGGUCGCUUUCCGAUCCCCCUACAAGUUCAAGCAGAUCACCGAGACCUUCAUCGCCAACGAGGGCAUGUACACGGGCCAGUUCAUCUACGCCGGAAAGAACUCUGCUCUGACCGUCGGCAACAUCCUCCCUCUCAGCUCCAUGCCCGAGGGUACCGUUGUCUCCAACGUCGAGGAGAAGGUUGGUGACCGUGGUGCGCUCGCCCGUACCUCCGGCAACUACAUCACCAUCAUCGGCCACAACCUCGAUGAUGGCAAGACCCGCAUCAAGCUCCCCUCCGGUGCCAAGAAGGUCGUCUCCAGCUCCGCUCGUGGUAUGGUCGGUAUUGUCGCUGGUGGUGGCAGAACCGACAAGCCCCUCCUUAAGGCCUCGCGUGCCAAGCACAAGUUCGCUGUCAAGCGUAACAGCUGGCCCAAGACUCGUGGUGUUGCCAUGAACCCCGUGGACCAUCCUCACGGUGGUGGUAACCAUCAACAUAUUGGUAAGGCAUCUACCAUCUCGAGAUACGCUGCACAGGGUCAAAAGGCUGGUCUUAUUGCCGCCAGAAGAACUGGUCUUCUGCGUGGUACCCAGAAGACAAAGGACUAAGGGAAAUGAAAAUCUCCAAAGCAUGCACAUUUGGUGGUUCUAUAUCACAAUGGGUUCGGAGUUUGCUUCGUUACUUCUUUGCAUCUGUAGGUACAGGUUUGAGCUAGGCAUGAGAAAAGGGCUCAAUGGGAUGUACCCGGUCAAGACAAAUUUAUUCUGAUGACACAUGCAACUCAUCUGCUUCGCGAUGUGAUGUCGAGGGAACUCAUGGACAUGAGCGGCUACAUUUGAUGUACACGACACUUGUCAUGGCGAAUUACUGGCCAACCCUGACUACGAAGUUUACGAUAAUUUCGACGAGCGUUGGUAUUGAAUUUACGAAGUGCGGGCGACAGCUACUCACUCUCAUG